AUGGAGACAGCAGAGGGCAAGCUGGGCUGUGACGAAGGGCAGGCCAUCGUCACGCAGUCACGGAGGGAGAUUUUGGAGCGACUAGAGUCGGCGGGGAGCACACCGCGGAGAGUCAAGGUAUAUUUAUUGAACGGCGAGGACUGGCUAGAUAACGGCACCGGGUACUGUGUCGGGGAGAUUGAAGAGGAGACUAAUGACGCGUACUUUACAGUUCGGAAAGAAACGAAAUUGGAUGAAGUCAUCUUGAAGUCCAAGCUUGAAGGCUCGAUCCAGUACCAGCGGCAGCAGGACACCUUGAUUGUUUGGACCGACACCACAGGGUCCGAUCUUGCGCUUUCCUUUCAGGAGGCUGAAGGGUGUGCCGAUCUAUGCGAUUUCAUUAUCAAAGUCCAACAGGGCAACUUCAGUCCCAAUAUCUCCCUAUAUUAUGUCGUUUCAAAUGCCCAAGAAGGCGAAGACAUCACUGAGCUUGUGGCGGGCCCUGUACGAUAUCCGCCUCAAACCCCUAGCAUAGACAAUGUCGGCGCUAUUUUGGAGAGUCUAAACCAGGGAGCCAAUGCCCAGUUCACGCGAACGAACCUCGUUGAAUACAUGAUCGAUAUCGACUAUUUUGAAAAGCUCGCUCGGGUGUUUGAAGAGGCUGAGCGGUUAAACCGAAAACAGUGCCUACACGAGAUAAGUGACAUUGUCAAGCUACUAUUUGCAUACAACGAGCCCUCGUUGGUAGACGACAUGUUGUCUUCGGAGACAAAAAUAUUGUCAUUGGCUGGAAUGUUGGAGUAUGACUCUGAAUACCCAGAUUUCAAGGCAGACCACCGAGCCUUGCUUGAAAACAAGUCGUACAAACUAGUAAUACCCGUGGAAAACCUCAAUAUUUUCAAGAUGGAUUUUUACUUGAACACUUUGAAAGACGUGGUGCUCGUUCGGUUUCUUGACGGCCAGCCACUAACGUUGAUCACUUCAAAGAUUUACGACAACCAAAUCCGAAUAUUUAACUAUUUGGAAAAGGGCAACUAUCUCCGCAAACUUUUUGACAUUUACCGCGAAGAUAAAAAAGUCGAUGUGGAAUCGAGGAGAGAUGGCGUGAGAAUGCUACAUCAGUACGUGCAGAUUGCCAAGUCGCUACUGAAACAGGACUUUUUCGCGUUGCUCGUGAAAGUGGGCAUGUUCAAGAUGAUUAGCUUUGCUUUGAAAGACGACAAUGAUAAAAUACGCAUACUAGGGACUGAGAUCAUCGUUAGUGCCAUUGAGCACGACGUGUCGUUGAUCAACUCAAAUGCCAAUGCUCACGACGAAUCUAUAGAUAAUCUGGAUCCACCUGCGCCUCAUGCGCCGUCUGCCAAAAUUGACAUGAUGAGCGACGAUAAACAAUUAGCUGAGGAGCAAUCAGACGCGUCUGCUGAACCCAAGCAAAUGCGAAUGAAACUCGCCGACGAUAUGACCCUAGUCUCCAAAUUGAUUAAAUUACUAGUGAGUGACGAAAACAUUGGAUUGAAGCACCAAACAUUUGAAGCAUUAAGGAUUUUGCUAGACCUGAACAUUACUGCCAAUAGUAGUAACGACGACGAAAACAGCGACGAGGGCGGGGAAGAUUUGGAAAUUGCUCCAAACUCGGGCUUUCAUGAAGAUACCGAUGAGGAUUUCCAGGAUAUCCGAGCGCACAACUAUUUCCAAGCAUUUUUCACGCGGCUUGCGCCGGCCUUGUUUCGAGAAAUCAUUGUUAUUGGAAAACAUUCAACGUCGUCAGCAAUUUUGGCAGGCAAAUUUCUGGAUGACAAGUCUGUGCUAUUUCAGCUCCUUUGUGAAUUGACAAACUUUUUCUUAAAAGAACACGACAUUGGGUUAGUAUCUGCUUUCCUUACCGAAAACGAGGUGAUUCAGGGUCUUGUGAAAAUCUUGAAUUCAGAUUCAAAGCCAGUGUUGAAGUUGCACGUACUCCGGUGCUUCAAGAAGAUUAUCUUGGCCAAUGACGACAGGUUGACGGGGCACAUUUUGGCCAACGGCAUCUUGGGGCAUUUUAUAAAGUUUUUUGAAACCGUUGUCACCAAGAACAACUUAGCAUGUUCCACGUGUUUGGACCUCUUGGAUAACAUCCGGAGAUUUUCCGAUUCAAGCAGCUACGACCGAUGUGGCAAUUUCCAGAAAAUUGCCAAGCGCCUAGUCGAAGACCACCGCGAUUUUUUGCAAAAUGAAAUAAGCUAUGUCUCCACGGGAGUAGACUUGAUAACGCUCACUGAAAACGACUUCAAUUCCUCGCGCCACACUAGUAUACUCGUCAACUGCGAAAGUGAGCUGUACAAUGGGUCAGCGGUAUCCAAAUUCCAAGAGCUAGUUGAAGAAGACGAUAGCCUGGGGGAACUCGAAUUGAUCAAGACGGACGAGGCAGGUUCGUCUGAUGAAGAAAUGUUGCAAAACAACUCGUCUACUCCACGCAACGAUGACAAUGUCGAUGAGCCUACAGAGCUUUGCAAAAAGACGCUUGUAGACUCUCCUCAAUUGGACCAGGAGCCCAAGCGGGUUCUGUUUCGAGUUGGAGAGAAACGGCCGCGCGACUACUGCGAGGAGGAAAACGAAACCAUUGAAAGUGAAAACAGCAAAAAGAGUCUGAAGGAAAGUAGUGCCGAUGGCACCUUUGUUGCUACCGAUGAAAACGACAGUGGAAGCGACGACAAGAGUCCUAUUGCGAGUGUGGUCUCGCUGGAACUAGACGCGUCUCCCAAAUCAAACACGAGCUGUUCAAAUUUCGAAACUUCAAACAAAGUUGUCAUUGUCGGCGCGAGAAGUGAAGCAGCCAAUGGGAAUUAG